CUUCCCGCUGCGUCGGUCCUGGACUGCAGCUUCCUGGCGGCCGGGGCAACAAGCAGCGGCAUCUUGGAGCGUCUUCUUUCCCGAGUGCCCCUUCAUCUCUCCCAGCCCGCUCCUCUCUCGUACCUGCAGCCUUUCUUUCUCCCUCCACUCCUACCUUAUUUCUGCUUGUCUCCCCCUUCUCUUACCAUUUGCUGGUUUUAAGGGUUUUUUUGAUUUCCUUCUCUUUCUUCUUCCCUCAUCCUGUUCCAUUUUGGACCAUCUUCGUUUAGUACCUCUUAAAUUCUUGAUUUCUUCUGAUUUUUUUUCCUUUGGACUUUGCCUUGUCAUGUCAAGAUGGAAGUCAGGCAUGACUGGCUCUCCUCAUCCCCCCAUGAGGGCUUCGAGCAGAUGAGGCUGAAGAGCAGACCCAGGGAGCCUUCCCCAAGCCUCACCAGAGUAGGUGCGAACUUCUACAGCACUGUCAAGCAGCAGGACUACAGUGCCAGUGUCUGGCUGAGGAGGAAAGACAAACUGGAGCACUCCCAGCAAAGAUGCAUUGUGAUCUUUGCACUGGUAUGCUGCUUUGCAAUUCUGGUUGCACUGAUAUUUUCGGCAGUGGAUAUUAUGGGAGAAGAUGAGGAUGGACUCUCAGAAAAGAACUGUCAAAAUAACUGUCGGGUUGCUCUCGUGGAAAAUAUUCCUGAAGGGAUCAACUAUUCAGACAGUGCACCAUCCCAUUUGUCUCUUUUCCAAGGCUGGAUGAAUUUGCUUAAUAUGGCUGAAAAGUCUGUUGACAUAGUAUCUUCCCAGUGGGACCUCAAUCACAGUCAUCCAUCAGCAUGCCAGGGUCAGCGUCUUUUCGAAAAGCUGCUGGAACUGGCGUCCCGAAAUAUUGAAAUAAAGCUCGUGAGCGAUAAACUGCCCGUGGAAUCCAAGGUAUUAAACGACUUGAAAACAAAGGGUGCUGAAGUGUUGUAUAUGAACAUGUCAGCAUACAAUGAAGGUCGGCUUCAGUCGUCGUUCUGGAUUGUUGAUAAACAGCACGUAUACAUUGGAAGUGCCAGCCUGGACUGGAGAUCGUUGGGACAGAUGAAGGAACUUGGCGUCAUCGUAUACAACUGCAGCUGCCUGGUCCUGGAUUUACAAAGGAUAUUUGCCCUGUACAGCUCAUUAAGGUAUAAGAAUAAAGUACCUCCAAGUUGGUCUAAGAGACUCUAUGGAGUGUACGAUACUCAAAAUAAACUGACGCUGCAGCUGAACGAGACAAAAUCGGAAGCUUUUGUGUCGAACUCACCUAAACUCUUCUGCCCCAAGGACAGAGUCCUGGAUAUUGAAGCUAUCUACAGUGUUAUUGAUGAUGCCAAGCAGUUUGUGUACAUUGCUGUCAUGGACUACUUGCCCAUUGUCAUCGACACCAACGCCAAACGGUACUGGCCGUAUUUAGAUGGGAAGAUAAGAGAAGCAUUGGUUUUACGAAGUAUUAAAGUACGACUUCUCAUCAGUUUCUCAAGAGACACAGAUCCCCUUACUUUUAACUUUGUUUCAUCUCUGAAAGCUAUUUGCACUGAAGUUCCAAGCUGUAGUUUGAAAGUUAAAUUCUUUGACCUUGAGGAAGAGAGUGCCUGCUUCCUUAAAGAACAGAAGAACACUUCCCUUCCCAAAUUGAAUCGUAACAAAUACAUGGUGACUGAUGGAGCUGCCUAUAUUGGUAAUUUUGAUUGGGUAGGAAAUGCUUUUACGCAGAAUGCCGGAGCUGGCCUUGUUAUCAACCAAGCAGACGCGGGGAACAGCACAAGCAUCAUUAAGCAACUCAAGGCGGUUUUUGAAAGGGACUGGUAUUCACAUUAUGCCAAAAGUUUACAACCAACAAAAAUCCCAAACUGCUUUAACCACAAACUCAAUAAAGGAACUUCAAAUAAGACUUCCAUGAGCAAUGUGAAUUAGAAAGACUAUUUUACCGUUUAGUAUGGCAACGAAGAAUUAUGUUGGGGUGUAGCCUUCUUUCAUAUUUACAGACAAAAGACUUAAAGAAAAAGCAAAAAAAAAAAAGAAGUUUGGUUUGGGGGGGUGUUUUUAGGAAAAAGCACACUUAUAUUAAAUCUGUCUAACCUAUAUUCUCUAUAUGGAUUAUUUAAGACUUUCAAAUUUGUUAUUUCUGACACUGAAUGUCAUUUCCGCUUCCAUGUAAAUUUUAAUGUUCCACAUUUGAAUUUAUCAGCAUGUGUCAAUGUUUCUGUUUUAGGAUUUUCCCCAAUUGCCAACCUGGCUAGAGCAAACCUUGGGGCAAAAUGAAGAUUCAAGCUAUGAAAUGGCAUUCUAAGAUCAGUUAUUAUUGACUUGCAGAUAGAUGGUAGGUGUACUGUAAUAGAAAAUGUAAAGGAGUUAGCAAAGUUUCACCCAUAUAAAUAAUUCCCUUCAAAUAACUACCCUCUCAUAAAAAUACUUACUGGUUUUGAGCAUUUACUUUGAGUAUCACUAUUCCAUGUCUUCUAACUAGCCUUAAAAUACAUUGGAGUUACAAGACUGGUAAUUCUUUCAUCUCCUAACAGUAUGAGAAAUUUUUGAGGGGUUGGAGUUGGCCUCAUGAAGUUUGUCAUAUUCCCUAAAGCCUCUCAGAUUUUUUAUCAAAGUACUGUGGAUUCCUUUCAACAGAACAGUUAUUUCCAAUUACAUGCAUUUCACCUAACAGUGAAAAUCUCUGGGUUAAUAGCUAAAACCUAGAACUGAUUUUUUUUCAUGUUUUUGUAAUCUGAAGUAAAUUUCUUCCACACAUUAAAGAUUUAUCAUGUGUGAGUCAGCAGAUACAUGAUGACUCAUUACUAAACCAAUGCACAUCUCAAAAUCAAAUACUGCUUUUUAGAAAGGCCAAGGGUGCAAAAUCAUGCAAUAAUUGUGGUAAAAUGAUUAUACAGUAAUGUUGUUGAUUUUUACACCUGAAGAAUUUGCUUUCCUAAUUUCUACUUUAAAAAGAAAUAAAAAUUGUGAAGUGACAUUUUUUUGUUAAAAUGUCAUCCAUAUAGGUAAAUACACCUGCAUGGACAGAAAGUGAUGCCUUCAUUUAGACCACAGUUUUAGUUUACUUUUAGUUGGUGUCAAAAGUGUGCCUCUACAAUCACAACCAAGUUGCACCAAGAAGCAACUGUUCUAUAAAAGUAUGAAUUUGCUCUUUGAAGAAAUACACACAAAUGUUUGACAACAAAUUUUUCUCCAAUCAGAGAUGUAAUAGCAUAGUUUCAUAAUAAAAAUGUUUCACUACUAUGCCUCUGCUUCCAUUGAAGAAACACAGCCAUGAAAGCAAACUGCAUUCUGUGUUUUGUUAAAUAUUCACAGAACCUUUUCCAAAAUGAUGACUUUUCUUCUCAUCUCCUGAAGGCACACUUCAAAAGCAGAGGGCAAAAAGAGAAAAAAAAACCAACCACAUAGAAUGUAUUAGUUUAAUCUUAUGAAGAAGUUAAACCCUCACCUUGACAUUCAAAACAUAGCUUACACUUAUAAGGUAAAAAAAAUUCAAAUUUAUUUCAUAGUGAACACAACUUAGGGAAUUCUAAUAAAUUAACAUAUGCACGACUUCAAAUUGUCAGCUAGAGAUACCCCACAAGACUAAUUAUGACCUCAAAAGGCACACUUUUGACAAAGAUUUUUGUUUAUUUUGGAAUUGCAAAGAUUUACAUCAUCUUACUGAAAAUAAUGAUAAAUCAAAGAAAACUUUUAAGAUUGUCAACUUUUACAGAAAAUAUUUUGCACAACUCCAAUCGUCAAUAACAUUUUCUGAUAUUCAGAUAAACACAUGGCAUGUAUUAGUCUCACAGACACAUAGAAAAGCAUAUUAUCUGACACACUGAUAAGAAACAAGUGUUUUAAAAGAAAAAGGUUUCCUGUGUUGCUACGAGGAAAGAUCUUUGUGAGGAGAAAUUUCUGGAUUUUCUUCCAUGUGUAUAUAAUUUAGAGUACGUACAGCAUGUAUGGGAGAGAUUCCCAGAACUUAACUUACUUGUUGUGGAUUUUUUGUUUUGUUUAAGAAAUUAAUAUUAGUCCAGAUUAAUUACUGAUGAAAAUUUCAGCUGAGUUGUACCACCAAUAACUUUAGUCUUGUGAGUCAAAAACCCACAAAAUGAACAAACAAAAAGCCCACCACAUUUUUAAAAGCUGGUUGAGAUAAUUGUACAGUUUCUGAGGUCCCUAUGGAUAGAUGAUCUUAAAGUUUGAGAUAACCUUAAUACCAUGACCUUACAUAAACCACAAAAUAAUUCAUGCAAACAAAAACCCCCACUGCCUGGAGUUGUUAAUUGUAGCACCUAAUGGCAAUAAUACACAGUAAUCAACCAAUGUAGAUUUUCCCUCCUCCUGCAUUAUGGAUACUGCAAAUGUGUUAAGUUUUUAAAUGACAUCUUGUAUAAAAAAAAGGAGGAUCUGAGUGGAACACAAAUUUGUCAGACGAUAAAGCCAAGCUGUUUACAAAGCAGGAUUUAUUGAUGAAAUCAGACUGACCAUUGACUGCUUUAGUAUAACAAAUGAUUGCUAAAAUGGCUUUACUGCACAGAUCCUAGGAAAAUGCAGAUCAUGACUACUAACAAGAUCUGUUAGUUUGCAAAUAUUUUCAUAUUGGCUAGAUAAACAGAUUCUUGGUGCUUCAAUGACCCCCCUCAAAGAGCAGAUACAUAAAAGUAUUUUUUAAAAGUGGCAGUAUGUUUUGGUUUUAUGAAUGGAAGAAUUUGGGUGGUUUUGAACAACUUUCAAUGCAAAAUACUGGCCAGCCAUCCUAAAAAUAGAAUGGCAGACUUAAAUUUCAUUUGGUAUAAAGAAUGGAUCAAUACUGUAAUAACUGUUUAGAAUGGCGUCAGCUCCAAAGUAGUACAUAAGGCCUUGACCUAUUACAUUAGCCAAAAGACAAAGUGCAUCCUUAAACUUCAGCUAAUAGGAAAUUUAAAAUACCAGAUUAUUUUUUGAAACCAUAUAAGGGGAUUAUUGCCAAUUCUUUGGCCUAGGCAGCACUGUUGCUGUUUAACUAGAUUUGCUAAAACUGCCUCAGUUUUGGCUUCAGAUCCUUCUGCCACUGUAAUAAAUGGAAGCAAAUCCAUUACAGUGAUUUCACACUAGUUUAGCAGGGAUCAGAAUCUAAACUAGUUUUGUUUUGCUUCCAAUCUCCUGAGUAUCACCACUGCACAGGCUAUUUCCUAAUUUAACAGGGGGUUAAAUUCAGGGGGUUCUCACAGGCAUAACCCAAAAGAUGCACUUUCUCUAGGCCCUUCUAACAGGUAUUGGUAACUCUGUCAUAUUAAAGGCAAUUUCCUAAACAGAACAGUUUUAUUCUUAAAGAAUAUAGACUGCAAUUGUUGUUUGCUGCAAACAUUUACUAGUGCCUUACUCAUACAAGCUUUUGUUUAACUGUUCCUCACCUGAAGUCCUGCUAAAGAUCCUGUGUCUAGUACUGAGGCAUAGAGCAAACUUCCUAAGCAAGAAGACAUUGUGAUGUUUACAGUUUAGUACCUAAAACUAGAGCCACAAAAAGACAAAAACUGACUGCAAGAUGUUGGUCCAAACCACAAGCACAUCUAAACUGGAGCAUUUUUACCCAAUCCCAGUUAAAGAACUAAAUUUCAUAAUUUACUCCUGGCUUCUUUAUCCAAUCAUCUACAACACAGUUGAAUUAUUCUGGCUUGCCAAGCUAUAAAAUCUGAAUUCUCCCAGUAUGUGGCUGCUAUGAAAACCAUAAUCACAGAAAUUCCUGUAAGCACAGCUUGAAGUCCAAAUAUGACACAGUGGCUUUCCAGAUCUUGCAUGUUAAGUCUCAAGUUGUUUUGGGCCAGCUACUUUUUCUACCUGAAGCAUGAACUAGGAUCCACAACUACUCUCACCUCUUGUUUGAAGACCAGAAAGGCAAGGAUUAUGUGCUAUGGCACAAUGACUAUAGCUGUACCCUAACAGAUUGAGGUUUUACCCUAUGUAGGACCAGGUAUUCCUCCCAGUAAAUUCAGGCUGUGCUGGUGGUUUAGAAGAGAGCUUGAGAAACAAGUAGAAAAGCCUCCAAAUGCUAUUUUUGUUUUUAAGACCUCCCCAUUAUUUGCUAUACUACCAGCUACCUAAAUUCUACUACUUUGUUGAGAUUCACACACAUAAAAACUGAAAAAUUAAGUUCUGUUACCUUCAAGUUAACCCUAAUCUAAGAAAAAGUCCAGAAAAUGUAUAGGGGUUUUUUGUGAGUUUAGCAUGUACUUACUGGAAAGAGUGAUGAGAAUGCACUCUCAUCAAGAUGGUAAAAACAUCAGUUGGCUCUUCCAGUUUUUCAAUCUGAAGUUCUAAAUGUCCCUGUCUUAGAUGAUUAUACACUUGACUCCUGAGAAUGGCCUUAUAGAGUGCACUAAGUUAUCUUCAAACUUUCUGGUCUUCAAAAUUAACUCUUUAUUUUAAUACAAAUAUACUGACUAAAUGUUUAGUAUGUUUCCAGAUGGUAAUUUCUGGUGCUGUGUUUUUCUUCCACUCUUACCCUUUCUCUACCUACAGCUAUCAUAUAUUCAUGGUUUUUCAGUCAUCAUUAUUCCAAUGAAAUCUAUGUAAAGAAACCAGAAUGAAUCCUUGGUGUGUUUAAAAUUCACAAUGAUGCCUCCCAAGUUGAAGGUACCACUUCUAACACUGC